AUGUCGACGCGGCAGAUCCGGAAGCUCCAGGAGGAGCUGGAGCGCAAGAGGAUGGAGGAGGCGGCCGCGGCCGCGGAGGGGAACGCGGAGUCCUCAGACGACGACGCGGGCGACAGCGACAGCGAGCCGCAGGGAAAAGGACCGGUGAAUCUGUUCGCCCUUCUGGGCGAUGACGGCGAGGUCGCCAGCGAGGACGGCGCAUCGGACGACCAGGCCCCCGCCUCGUCCACCAAGAAGUCAAAGAAGAAGAAGAAGCGCGGGAAAACCGCCAAACCCGACCCCAAGGAAGCAGCAAGCACAUCCAGCGAAGACAUCGACCAGCUCAUUGCCGAACUCAACAUCCGGCCCGCCGCGGAAGCCACGCAGCCCGCGAGCGACGCGGCCGCGCCCACGGAGCCCCUCCUGCUCGCCGCGGACCCGAAGCACCUCCGGCCCGAGGCGGAGCUCCGGCGACGGUUCGGGAGCGCCGCGCUCGCGGACGAUGAUGACCAGCCGCAGGCGCACUGGCCGCCGGGGGGGGGGUCGGGGCUGAGCAUGGAGGAGAUCGCGGCGCCGGAGGGGCGGGCGUCGCCGCCGGGGACGCGGUGGUUCCGGUUCGUGCGGUCGGAGGGGUACAACGUCAUGGAGGAGAUGUUUUCAGAUAUGGUUCAGACUUUCGAUCCAAACAACAUCAUGAUGAACCUGCAGCACCACCCCUACCACGUCGCCUCCCUCCUCGCCCUCCACGACGUCUGCCGCCAGACCGGCGACGCCGAGGGCGCCUCCGACUUCCUCGCGCGCGCCCUCUACGCCAUGGAGUCGGCAUUCCACCCGCGCUGCGACGCCUGCUCCGCCACCGCGCGCCUCCCGGCCUCGGAACCCACGAACGCGGACUGGCACCGCGCAGGCUUCCUCCACGUCCAAGCCCUCACCCGCAGCGGCUGCCACCGCACCGCGCUCGAAGCCUGCAAGCUUCUGCUGUCUCUCGAACCAUCGGACCCGACCGGCCUCCUGCACGGCUGCGUCGACUACCUGGCGAUCCGCGCCGGCGAAGGCCGCUUCCUCGUCGAGCUCGCGUCCGGCAAGGCGCUCGAGGACGUCCCCGGCGUCCCGAGCGUCGGCCUGCUGCCGAACUUCGCGUACAGCGUCGCGCUGGCGAAACGGAACGACGCGGUGCGCAGCGGCGGGGACGGACAGGGCGGGGCCGACGACGCGCUGCUCGGCGCGCUCGCGCUGCACCCUGCCGUCCUGCCCGCGCUCAUGUCUGCCCUCGCGGGCAAAGGCGUGCACCAAGAUGCAGAAUGGAAGUCUAUUCUUGCGCACGAGUUCUUCAGCGGAGCGGACCACGGGGGCUGCCGGUCGCUCGAGUACCUGUCGGACAUCUUCGUGGAGCGGUCGCAUCCGCUGUGGCGCGCGGACCAGGUCCUGCGGUGGCUCAAGCGUGGCGCGCGGCGUCUGACGGAGCUGGCUGACGCGGGGGGGAGUGUUUCGGGGAUCUCGGUGGCGGAGUGGGCGACCGUGCGCGCGCAGGCGUUCCCGCCGUCCGACACGAACAACUUCGUGCACCUCGACGUCGCGGACUUCAGCGAGGCGCAGCAGAUUCUGCCGCCGGACGAGGACCCGGGGGGGGGUGUGCCGGGGGGGGUCGACGACGGCUUCGCGGCCGCCGCGGAGAACCUCCCGCCGGGCGUCGCGGAGGCCAUGGCGCAGGACGCGGGCGUGGACGUGCAGGAGUUGCGGGAGAUGGGUGGACUGGCGGCGUUUCUGCGCACGCUGCUGCCGUGGGUGAACCCGCAGAACAACGACGGGGGCGCGCAGCAGGAGCGCGGGGCCGAGGAGGGCGGGCCGCGGGAGUGA